AUGAAUGUAUCUACUGCAUCUGAAAAUGAAUAUUUCCAAUAUUUAUCGAAGUUCAUCUAUAGCUAUGUGGAUCUCAGUGACAAUACCGCUUUGCUUAUGUUGAAAUUCUAUCCCGAUGGUGUGCACAAUCCAUAUAGGAACCCAUAUAAUUACACUGCACAAAUAUAUUCCAGCUUCCUUAAUAGCACAAGAACAGGAUCAGCCCAACGAGAUUAUGGGAUAAAUUUAGAGACUUUUCUAUCAGGUGUGUUGAUUUCUUUUAUAUACUGCGUGUGUCAGACACUAUUGUUCUCAUGUCUUAGAACACGACUUCCCCGGAUAUACCAACCUAACGUAUAUUUACUAGAACAUGCAGCUAGCCCAAUAUUAGAUUCAAGGGAAACUAAAACUGGAGUUUUUGGGUGGAUCCGUGCAACCUGGCAUUUACCAAUUGAAUCCUAUAAGAAAUAUGGACUCGAUUCGUUUUUCUUUCUAAGGUAUUUGAAAGUAUUGUGUAUUUAUUUUUUAAUACUUUCUCUGGUAACUAUACCGGUUUUGAUCCCAAUCCAUUAUACAUCAGGAUAUAAGGUACUGGACUUCAUGAAUUCCCGAGCGGCAUUGGGAAACCAGCGGCAGAAUUUCGAAAGUGAUAAAUUGCUAACACAAUUCUCAUUAAAGGCCACCGGAUUAGACGAAAUAUCUAUGUCAAACAUAUCACCAAGACAUUUCUCGAGAUUAAUAUUUCAUUUUAUACUCGGAAUUUUCGCAGUAGUAUGGUUCCAUGCAACCUUAAUCACAGAGCUAGAUUAUUUUAUCACUGAAAGGAAUAAAGCAAUCCUAGGAGAAGAUCCCACUGCUCAAAAGCAACAAUGUGCAAUGUACCUCAAUAAUAUUCCUGACAAAUUGAUGUCAACUGAGAAUAGGCUAGUGCAAUUCUUUCAUUCCAUGAUCCCAGACUCCGUAUAUCAGAUUGUUUUCAUCCCGAAAGAGUAUAGAGAUUUAAAGGAUAAGAAUACACAAGAAGCAAAGCUAUUGAGGGAAAUAGAAGGUGUUUGUUACGAUAUCAUCAAAAAGCGCUUCUAUAUGAAGUCUUGUCCAGACCUGGUAUCUUUCAUGGAUAAAGACAACAUCCUACCGGUAGCAGUAACAAGUUCAGACAGUAGUUCGUCAUGGCGGGAAGCUCGUGCAACCGCGUUAGAAGAAGCACUAUAUGACCUUAAAAUUACGGCGGAUUAUAAGUCAAAAAUGUCAGGUCGUCGAGCUGAUAGGCAUGGUUUUCGCUUUGGAAUUGCCAAGUUCAAAUAUCAUCUUAAGUCAUUUAUAAUGUUGGAUUUUAUAUUUGGAAUGCGCGUUAAAUGGUGGAGAAUAAAAAUCGCACAGUUAGAUUUUUCACUACCGAUGAUAAUUUAUGAUGAAGCAUACCAUAUAGAUAAAAAGUUACAACGGUUACAGUCCAUCAUAGGACAGUAUAAUCGGGCCCAGAAAGGUCAAAAAGAGCUAACUGUCUACCAUGCUGAGCAAGAGAGAAUGUCAUCCCCAGAUGGAAAGCCUGCAUUGAAGUCUAAACAAGCUGUUGUGGUGUUUAAAAAUGCAUUGAUUGCACAUUUUUUUGAUCAGUUAUUAUUAUCUGACGGCACGAACUCCAUGAAGGAGAAAAUAUUGGGUAUCAGUCCAGAAGAUAUACAUUGGAAAAAUAUAACCGUUACCAAUAGGGUCCUCCUAAUGUUUCGAGUUGCUGCAUCAAACUUCCUUAGUGUCAUGGUAAUAGUCGGGUGGGUUAUUCCGGUGGCUUUCGUUGGUUUAAUAUCACAAAUACCUUUCUUGGCAAAGUUAGUACCUCUCCCUAGUCGGAGUGGCAAUACGUCCUCUAUUUUUGAUAAAUCCCUUGCAAGUAUUGUUCCAGUUAUGACUUUGAUCUUUUUAACUGAAUGUGUGCCUUUCCUUUUUAGAUGGUUUGGAUGGCUCAAGUGCUGUCGAUCUGGUUCCGCCACUGAGUUAGAUGUACAAAAAUGGUUCUUCGCCUUCUUAUUUGUUCAUAUAUUCUUAGUGGUCACUAUCUCUUCUGGAAUUUCAGUAAUUGUCGAGAAGUUAGUCAACAAUCCCGUCAGUAUCCCGGAUUUACUUGGCACCAACUUACCUAAGAGUUCAAACUUUUUCUGCUCUUUUAUCCUCAUCAGAGGAAUGUCAUAUUUCGGUGGUAACUUUAUGCAAAUUAAAAGUUUACUGUUUGAAUUGUUCUACUACAGAUGGAAGACUUUCACUCCUCGUGGUGUUUUCGAGAGAAAUGUUAAUAUCCAGCAUUAUCAAUGGGGUUCUGUGUAUCCAAUGUUUUCCGUUCUAGCAUGUAUUGGAAUCAUCUAUUGUGUUAUAUCGCCAAUCAUAUUGCUAUUUUCAAGCUUUUCUUUUGGUCUAGUCAUGUUUUCGUUCAAAUACUCAAUAAAAUAUCAAUAUAACCCGGUAAACAAGUCUGAAACAUUUGGGAAAUAUUAUCCAAUGGCUUUAAUGCAAUUGUAUGCUGGAAUUUAUUUUAUGGAAAUUUGUUUGAUUGGUUUGUUCACAAUCUCCAAUCGUUACAGACUUUCUCUCGGUAUGAUAAUUGUAAUAAUCUUCACCAUUAGCGCCCAUUUGCAAAUAUGGAGUAACUAUAAAUAUCAUAUCAAUCAUAUUCCAGCGCAAAGCGCCAUGGAAUCCAUUCAGCUGACACCUUACAAUUUUCAUAUUCCCAGCCUUGAACGCACUAGUAAUAGCGUAUGGAUCCCUAGUGACGAACGUGGUGCAUCCAAUUCGGUACAAAUGUUGUUGGAACAAAAAUAUGACAUUGAAUGUAGCCAGCUUGGUUGCAAUCUCGAUGAAUAUGGAAACUUAGUCGUAAGCGGUAACCCUCCAUAA